UGCACCUUAGUCCGCCGUCUCUGAACAAUUGCCACGUUUCCAGUGUUCUUUUUGUUUCCUUUUCCCCCGCAAUACAUGUGUCGCUGUUAAAACUCACACUCUAAGCCGAACAGCACGCAGCGUUGCGGGAACAGAACAUGGCCUAUUCCCGAGACGACCGUAGCUACCAGCGGGCUGACGACCGCGGCCACCGCUCGAGCUACCGUUCAGACAAGCGGGACGACGAUUACAGCGAUGACGAUGACGAGCAUCUCCAGUACGGCCGAGACGACAGAUCCGGGCGCUACAGCCAGCGUGAGACACGCGACAACAAGAAUGGCAGACUGCCCUACCCCGCCGACGAGGGGUUCGACUCGUAUAUGCCCAGUGCGGGGAGAUCCUACGACCAUGAUUACGAUCCCAGAGAGCCUCCUAGCCAGGCUCUGGUUCCUGUAAAGAAGCCAGCAGACCCAUAUGACGGCCCUGGAGCGUUCCCAGACGACGACGACAGACGGCAUGGCGAUGAUAAGAGAACGCCAAGAAAGCAGAUUGGCUUUACACGCCACGGACGACAUGGCGACGACUAUGAUGACCGCAGCGGGGACGAACGACCAAAAUUGGAUUACCUCCCGCAAAAGUAUAGCCGCCAAUAUGCAGACGAGGAUAGCCACAAGAGCAAGCGGAGCAGCCAUGAUGUCGAUAAGCGUUCUGAGUUGCCAUACAGAGAUACCAAGCCAGGCUAUGGCAAGGAGUCCUCCGACCCAGCAUACUGGGACUCCAAGUCUUCUCGUAAAGAGGGCGGAUCGAGGCACAAGGACUACGACUACGAUGAUGGUUACGAUUAUGACGAUAGACGUGGCGAUAGACACGACCGAAGUGACCGGGACAGACGCGAUUACGACAAGUAUGACCGGGAUAGACACGAUCGCGACAAGAACCACAGCGGUGCUCCGUACCCAGACGAAGACUACCGCUCUAGCCGCAAAGAUGAUGACUACUCUAGACGGCACGAGCCACAGCUGCUGGCUCCAGCUGGAAAGGGUGAUGGCCGCUCACGAGAUCGAUCUCGAGAUGUAUCCAGAGAUGGACGUGGGGACCCGUCGGGCGAUAGACGAAGAGACGAUGACGGAUAUAGAAGGGAACCAGCUUUGUUGAUGGCCGCUCCGGAACCUGACCGCACGAGAGAUCGCUCCAGGGACCGUCGCAAGGACGAUCGUGACUCUUAUAGUAAGAAGGAUGAUCGUGAUUCCUACAGCAAGAAAGACGACCGUGACUCGUACAGCAAAAAGGAUGAUCGUGAAUCCCGCAGCAAGAGAGAUGAUCGCGAAUCCAGGAGCAAAAAGGACGAUCGUGACUCUUACAGCAAGAAGGAUGACCGCGAAUCUCGCAGCAAACGGGAUGAAUCAUCCCUCCUAGCACCCGUAGGCGCCGACCGCACAAGAGACAGGUCGCGAGACCGCUCAAAGGACCGCUCUCGCGACGACAAGCGCUCUGACAAGGACGACCGCAAAUCAUCACGACGCGAUGACAUUCGCCGGGACAAGUCGCCCAAUCCCGCAUCUCGCCAGUCGACUCUUAGUGUUGGUGGUUUCGCAGCACCCGCUGGCUCGCUCUCAGCAGCACCAGGGUCACCUCUCCUCGAAUCAUACCACGGCACAUACCAAAACUGCUCUCCUAUGCCAUCGCCGCUACUCCUAGCAUCUGGUGCUGCGCUUGGCGAACCUCUCAUCGCCGAUGCCCUUACACCCUUGCAAUCUGACGCCGAAGAUGAGGGUCGAAAGCACUCUCGACGUGCGCGAUUCCACGAUGCCGAGGAUAUUGCGUCCACACUCGCCAAAGCUCUCCGCGGCGACAGAGCACCCGACGUCCGUCCGCUGAUUGAGAUUCUACCCAGUCUUACUCAUGACCAGAUGAUGGAGCUGCGCUCCGACUACAAGAAACUUGUCAAGACUGGCGCUGACCGCAAGGGCGUCAACAUUGCAAAGCACAUCCGCGCGCGCCUCAAGGACGAAGACCCUCUCCUGAUGAAGGCAUGCUACUCUACCGCUCUCGGCAUGUGGGAAGGAGAAGCAUACUGGGCCAACUUCUGGUACCAAGGCGACAAAACUCGCCGUGAACUGUUGAUUGAGACGCUCAUGGGCCGCACCAACGAGGAAAUCCGCCUCAUUAAAGAAGCCUUUACCGACAAAAAGUACGACAACAGUCUCGUCAAGUGCAUGCGCACAGAACUCAAAGAAGACAAAUUCAAGACGGCCGUUCUUGCCGUCCUCGAUGAGCGCCGCAUGGAAGACUUUGACCGCAAAGGCCGCCGUCUUCCCAUCGACUACGACCUCGUCGACAAGGACGUCCACGAGCUCCGUAAGGCCGUCAAGGCCGAAAAGGGCGGCGAGAGUCUCAUGAUUUCCAUCAUCAUCCAGCGCAGCGACGACCACCUCCGCGCGAUCCUCAAGGCAUACGAGGAGCGCUACGACGGCAACUUUGCGCGCGAAGCCCUUAAGAAGAGCGGCAACUUGGUCGGUGAAGUGCUGGCGCAUAUUCUCAACGGCGUGAUUAACCGCCCUGUGCGAGACGCUUUGCUAUUGAACCACGCGUUGACUGCGACUCGAAAGGAUACGAUGCGGCGGGAACUGCUUGUCUCGCGGUUGGUGCGGUUCCAUUGGAGCGCGGCGCAUAUGCAGGCUGUGAAGAGGGCGUAUCAGGCGCGGUAUGGCCAGGAUUUGCAGGAUGCUGUGAGGGAGGCGAGUGAUGGGGACUGGGGCAAGUUUUGUAGGGAGUUGUGUAUAGCGCGGAUGCCUGCUGAUGUGCGGCACAUGGAGAGUCGUUAAAGCAUGGGGGCGGUAGGAUGUAGUGUUAUAUAUAUGAAUGUUUAUGAUUUAUGCGAGUUUCAUUUUGUGCAUAUACGUCAGUCGUGCGUGUGCUUAGUACCUUGUGUCAUGAUCUUUUCGUUUCUUUACAGUCGUUGUUUUGCUAAAACAAAUGGUGUAUAAAAUGUAAUAAAAUACAGAUGAAAUCUAAAAUAA